CCCCACUUUUGCAUCCAUAAAUCCAUAUCCCUCCCUUGUUUCCAAAAAAAUCCCCAUCGCCUCUUCCCUUCACUUCUUUCCCCCUCUCAUUACACACACACACACACACGCAGAAACAACUCUUCCACUUCCCUUGUUCUACUUUCUACCCAGUUACAAUACACUGCUGUUGUUGCUGCUGCUGCUGCUGCUGCUGCACUUGAGAAAAUCCAUGUUUCUUAAAUAUUAAAACUACUGCCACUUAUUACUCUCACAAGACAUCAAUCAGCAGAAGCAGAAGCAGAAGCAGAAGACGAAGAGAGGGAGAGAGACGGUAGCAUCAGAAAAAGAAGAAGAAGAAGAAGAAGAAGAAGGAGGAAGCUCAUAUGGCUCUCCAAGUUGAUACCUCAGCCCAUUUCCUCCCUCCCUUUCAUCAUGCCCACCUUCGACCACAGCAGCAACAACAGCAGCAGCAUUCACUCCGCCGCGUCCCAUCCACGUGUGACCGCCACCCGGACGAGCUUGUCACCGGCUUCUGCGCUUCAUGUCUCCGUGAGCGCCUUGCAGGCCUUGAGAUCCGACGUAACUCCACUUCCUCUUCUUCAUCCUCCUCUGCUUUCAAGUCUCUCUUUGUCAAAUCCAACCCAAACGCGCCGCUUCGCCGCUGCAAGUCCUUCUCUUGCUCUCGCCGUGACGGCAUCGCCGCUUCCUUUGAGCCCCAGCGUAAGUCCUGCGACGUUCGGGGACGUAGCACACUCUGGUCACUGUUCAACCAGGACGACCGGCUCAAGGAGCCCGGCCGGGAUUCUUUUGGUGUUGCUGGGAUCGAGAACGAGGCCGGGUGCCCCAACUUGGGGGUCCCCAGCUUCGGCAUUGCGGAUCCCGUGCACGAGUCCCGCGAGGAUGAUGAUGGUGAAGAAGCUGAAAUUAGGCCAGCAGAUCCGGAGGUAGUGGUGGAAACUAGAGAGGAGAUCGUGAGAGAAGAGGGGCUGGAAGAGCAGGCGGAGCUUAAGCCGAUGAAGGACCAUAUCGAUCUCGAAACGCAGGCGAAGAAACCAGCUCCCAAAGACCUCAAGGAAAUCGCUGGAAGCUUCUGGAUGGCCGCCUCGGUCUUCAGCAAGAAGCUUCAGAAGUGGAGACGAAAACAGAAGCUCAAGAAGCAAGGAAGCUCUAAGACUGGCCAUGGGGUUCCCACCGAGAAGCCUUCCAACUCUCGGAGGUUCCGGGACACGCAGUCAGAGAUCGCCGUUGAUGCUUUUGGCCGGAGAUCCUGCGAUACUGACCCGAGAUUCUCUCUCGACAUUGGCCGCUUCUCAUUGGAUUACUCAUGGGAUGAACCAAGGGCGUCGUGGGAUGGCCACCUGAUCGGGGGGCGAGCGCCAUUUCAUCGGGUUCCUCCUUCGAUGCUCUCCGUCAUCGAGGACCACCCUGUUCCCCCUGCCGUCCAGCGGACAGACGGACAGAUUCCGGUGGAAGAGGACUCGAUGAUGAACCCCGGGGGGUCGGCGCAGACUCGGGACUACUACUUGGAUUCUUCGUCUCAGCGCCGGAGACGAAGCCUGGAUAGAUCCAACUCUGUGAGAAAGUUAUCUGUUGAGCUGAAUGAGCCGAAGCCACUGUCGAAUGCUAAGGUAUCCCCUGCCGGCGCUGCAGAGCUGUACCAUGGGUACAACAACAAUGGGAUUAGACUUGAAAGGGAUGCAAGAGAGCUGAGCUCCAACUCUCUCCGGGAUGACUGUUCAGAGAGUUUUGAAUCAUCGUACAGAUACCCGUGCAAAGAGGGUGAGGCAGCGAAGAAGCCCAAGAGAUGGGGCAAGAAGUGGAGCAUCUGGGGGUUUAUACACUGGCGAAGUGGUGGCAAAGGAGGAGAUAAUGCUGUUGGGAGGUCAUUCUCAGAGUCAUGGCCGGAGCUUCGGAGACGAGGUUCAAAUGGGAGGAAAGUCCUGCGGUGUAACAGCAAUGUGAGUGCAAGGCAUUCUUUUAGCAGCAGCAGUGGGUCUGGAAGGAUGAUGAGGAGUUGUGUGGAGACCAAUGGGGGGCAUGGGAGAAAGAGAAGAGAUGAGUUUGUCUUGGAGAGGAAUAGGAGUGCAAGGUACUCUCCAAGCCAAGGUGACAAUGGAAUGCUGAGGUUUUACCUGACUCCAAUGCAAAGCAACUGGAGGAACAGAGCACUCGGGAAGAACAGGAAUACUGGUUCUCAGUUCUUGGCAAGAAGCAUGCUGCAAUUGUACUAAGGAUAUGUCUGUCUGUCUGUCUUCUUCCAAGGAAUGCCAACGGGCUUAAAUUCAA